UCCUCUUCUAACUUAUCUCUACGUUCCCUCUUCGCCAUUCUCUUCAUCGAAGAACGAUCAAACGCGUUCUUUUCGUUUCUGAAAAAAGAAAACGUUUUUAGCGAGCCCGAUGUCGAGACCUGCGCUCAACCCCCUCUUCCCGACCGGCCAGAUAAUCGGCGGCACGGAAGCGCGGAUCGAGGAGGUGCCCCACCAGGUCUCCCUUCAGACUUUCGGCUUCGGCUUCUGCGGCGGCAGCAUCAUCUCGAACGAGUGGGUGGUGACGGCCGCCCACUGCAUGUCCUACCCGGCCGAGUGGCUCACGGUCCGCGCUGGAACCGCGACCAAAUCCUCGGGCGGGAGCACCCACGGCGUUGCCGAGAUAAUCGUGCACGAGAAUUACAUUACGAACCGUUACGGCGUGCCCGAGAACGACGUGGCCGUGUUGAGGGUGAGGACCCCGUUCAAGUUGGACGCGACCCGCCAACCCGUCAAACUGUUCAAGCGGAACGAGGAAUCCGUGGCAGGUGUCGGCGCGGUCAUCACCGGAUGGGGCUCGGUCAUGGAGGGCGGUAGCACGACCGAGACACUUCAGACCGUCACCGUGCCGAUCGUUUCCAAGAGCUCGUGCAACGAAGCGUACAAAUCGUACGGGGGCCUCCCUUUCGGCCAGAUAUGCGCCGCUGUGCCCGAGGGCGGGAAGGACGCCUGCCAAGGUGACUCAGGCGGCCCGAUGACCAUCCACGGCCGUCUCGCGGGCCUCGUCUCUUGGGGCUACGGCUGCGCAAGGCCUGGAUACCCCGGCGUCCACACCGAGAUCGCCGCCUUCAGCGAUUGGAUCGCCUCCAAGACCGGAAUCACGGUGUGAAAGA